CCUUGUUUUUGUUGAUGUUUAAUUUCAGUGCGGCUGCGCGCUGCCUUCGCCGUUGCCGCUGACGCGACCUGACAAGGAAAAAGAGCAAGCUACUAGCUCGGCAGUGAAUAGUUUACACGGACUGAGUGUAGAGAUUUUUGAGAGGCGAGUAAGUACGCUAUCUGAGGACGUUCGGGGAUAAUUUUGGUUUGCGAUUUAACGAACCUCACCCGUAUGUGAUCGCCUUUCCUCUUCGCUGGACGCUGCCUUUGAGGGCCAAGGAACAAAAUAGACAUCGCCAUUAUAUGAUCCAGUGUCCAGCGUCACUUUUACCCUCCAUGUGGGUGAGGGAACUGUGUGUGUCAGAUUAUGGCGAAGAAAACAGUUAGCAGGAAAAGGAAGGCAGGAGAGCCCAAGGACCAACAACAGCUGGGUUGGUGUCAGGCGCCACACAAGCGAAGCCGUGUUUCUUGUUCUUCACGUCAUGCCCAGCAGUGGUGGUGCAGUCGACGCUCUGUGGUAUGUGCUCUGCGGGGGCGGGAGUUCAGACCUCAACAACAGCAUGAGUUGCGGCUCCAGAGGAGCCUGCGUGGCUUUGCAGCCGGCAGGCUCCCCGGCAUUCUUAAGGAGAGGGAGUUUUCUCUCGGGCGGCUCAACAAAGUGUUUGCCUCACAGUGGCUCAAUCAUCGGCAGGUGGUGUGUGGGACAAAAUGCAACACGCUUUUUGUAGUUGAUGUACUGACAGGACAGAUCACACGCAUUCCCAUGCUGAAAGACAGGGAGUGUCGUGAUGGAGGCUCUGGGGAGGUGGGUCCAGUGGUGCCUGGUCGCAAUUAUCACUUAACAGAAAUCUCCCAUACCCGGUUGGACCAGCAAGGCUGUGGGAUCCACGCUAUUGAACUCAACCCCUCUAGGACACUGCUUGCCACAGGAGGAGACAAUCCUAACAGCCUGGCCAUCUACCAACUUCCUACACUAGACCCUGUUUGUGUUGGCGAUGACGGUCACAAUGACUGGAUAUUCUCAAUAGCAUGGAUCAGUGACAACAUGGCAGUUUCUGGGUCCAGAGAUGGCUCCAUGGGACUGUGGGAGGUUACAGAAGAAGUAAUGAGCCAGGCUGAGAGGAGUCAAAAUGAGGAGACAGUGCCCUCCUAUGCCCACAUCUCCCACCGUGCCCUCAAGGACAUCCCCAAGGAGUACACCAACCCAUACAACUGUAAAGUCCGUGCUCUGGCCUUCAAUAACAACCAUAAAGAACUGGGUGCUGUUUCCUUGGAUGGCUAUUUCCACCUCUGGAAAGCUGAGCAUAACUUGUGCAAGAUACUGUCCACCAAGCUGCCUCAUUGCAAAGAAAAUGUGUGCCUGGCAUAUGGACAGGACUGGUCAGUGUAUGCUGUAGGCUCUCAAGCCCAUGUUUCUUUUCUGGAUCCACGGCAACCUACACACAGCAUCAAGUCAGUUAGUUCAAGAGAGAGAGGAAGUGGCAUCCGUUCAGUGAGUUUCUAUGAGCACAUCGUGACUGUGGGUACUGGCCAAGGUUCUCUUCUCUUCUAUGACAUCCGGGCUCAGAGAUUCCUGGAGAACCCUUUUAAUCCAAACGGAGGGUAUCGGAAGUGCCCUGGAGAUGGCAUCCUCAAGCUCACUACGGGAAAAGGCUGGCUGAAUCACGAUGAGACGUGGAGGAGUUACUUCUCAGACAUUCAUUCAUUCCCCAAUGCAGUGUACACCCACUGCUAUGACGACUCUGGCACCAAGCUGUUUGUAGCAGGUGGACCGCUCUGUUCUGGCCUGCACGGCAACUACGCAGGAUUGUGGAGCUAGCCUCUUCUUCUCCCCCAUCACUUUGUCACUACAUCUUCGUCCAGAUCUUUACUCAUCCAGUCCCUCCAUCCCUCUUCAACUUCCAACCUUCUCUGUUUUCGGUGUACCUUUUGUCACCCUGUUUUGCUCACACUUGGACUCAGGAGCAUGAUAUUUUCUUCAUUUUAUCACGGCUUUCAGUAUUAUUGUUGUGUAUAUUUGUCCACCAUUCCACCGUUCUUUCUCCUUAAACAAUUCCUUUGCACUUCAGCUACUUUUUUGUUUGUUUGUUAUUUGUUAUUCUUUUGGUUUUUUUUUAAAUAUAAAUAUAUAUAUAUAUAAAAAUGUACAGACUAUUACUAAUUUUCAAUUGCUGCAAGGUCUGCCACUGAGGACGUCAGAAGAGUUCUGGAAAACAUUAAGAAUAAAGUUCUCAUCUUCUAAAGGAUUUACAUUCAACCUGCAGGGAUUAGGCUGUGGUUUUUUGCUGGUUUGUUUUUGUACAUACAGAUGGCAUUUUACCACUUUCUCUGUGAAAAAUGACCAUGUCUUUAAACAGACAGCAAUAAGAGAGAGGGUGAAGGGUUGGAGAGACUAUUAAUAUAAAUGGACUGAACCUAGAGAACUGUUUGAUGUUGGAAAAGCCCACAACAAUCACAAAGAACUUCUCCAGUCAGAAGUAUAAAAGAAGGAUCCAAUCAAAGUGGGAUUGUGUGUUCAUCUUAUCCUCACUGAGAUGAUGUAAAGGAGAUAUGUUCAAGCUUGCUGAAUUGCAGUGUUGUUCUGUUAGGAGGGGGGGAGGGCAUAUUAAAUUUUUUUGGACUGUGUGAUUAGACCAGCACAUCCCUGCUGAUAUUCUGAUUUGCUUUGUAUUUAUUUUUCCUUUUUUUUUUUUUCUUCUUUUUUUUAAUACCCCCCCCCACCUCCAAUGUUUCCACUCCCUUUGAUCAAAAUUGUACAAAUCCUAACAUGUAAUCACUCUUGUGUUACUAGAGAGUUUACUCUAAGAUUAUAGGUUUUGGUAGCGAGUUAAAUAUCAUCCAGUAUGAUGAUUAAUAGACAGAGGAGCCUUUAAUGAGUGAACUCAAACCUCGUGAUUCUCGGGCUCCUCGAGGAACUGAGAAGAAGCUGUGUAGUAGCUCAGUUUGGUCUUCUCAGCCGUCCAGCUAUGAGGAUGCAAGGAAAGCUAAUGAGAAUUUGAGCUAUACCCUGGAGUUAAAUGCUGCAGGCACAUACACUUGUUGUCAGUUGUAAAACUUUUAUUUCCUCUUAUUUUUUUUGUACUGAGGAGCGGGUGAAUCUGCUCUUCUUCUUUUUUUGUUUGGUAGAGGCAGGGUAGGCUUGAGUUUAGUUUUUGCCUUCAAGUCUUUCUGUGAAAGACUGCCACAGGCAAUCAUAGGUUUCCUGUUCUACAUGGAACUUUUCUCCAGUUUUCAUGAUAAUGAUUGACAAAAAAAAAAAUCCUAAUUACGACCAAUUGAACAAACAACCAACACUUUUGAAGUGUAUUUUAUAUAUAAACGUGUAUAUGUAUGUGUAAAAUACAUAAGGACAAUUGCAUACAUUUUUAUGUACGUGUCUGAGAAAGUGUGGAUUGAUGUGUCUACUUGGUGAUGCCCCCCCCCCCCCUUUUUUUUUUUUUUUUUUUUUUUUUUUUAAAUAUAUACACACACCUCAUGAAUGUUUUUACAAAUGGCUGAAUUUGAGGAUAUUGUAACAUAAACAUUUCGGGAAAACAAGCUAUUAAAUCUUUAAAAUGAAUAAAUAAUAAAAAAAAAAAUAGGAUGUA